AUGGAAACUAGUAUUACCGUAAAUGAUGUGGAUACUGAUUUUUUACCUUUAAUUCAUGACAUUAUAAAAAGGUAAUAAAGGUUUCGUCAAAUGUGUUUAUCAAGUUUUUAACCGGUUAUCUAUUCUGUUUCUACUUUGUAGCGGUGAAAGAGAAAAUACCGAACCACAAAAAUCAGCCCAAGAAAUAUCCCAGAAAAUUCAAGACCUUCAAAAAAAAAUCGACCUUGCCCGUUGUCAGGUAAGACCUAAUUAA